UAAUUUGUGUCUGUCUGUCCAGGGUCAGAAGGACAGGAGCUGCAGGGCUCUGAUCUUGCCAACAAGGAGCUACACUACACCACUUUGGCAUUACCAGCUUCUGCGGAAGAGAAAUCACAUACGUAUAUUGUGAUUUGACAACUAUCCUUUUGCCUUGGGACAGACUUUGAAGACAGUCACAAUGAGAAUUCAAGGAAGUAUCACCCUACUCAGUCUCCUAAUCAUCUUGGCUGCGCUCUGCAAUACAGGUUUCAGCCUGACGUGCUUCUCUUGCUUCAACAGUACUGAUAUAUGUCUUAACACCAGCACCUGUACACCUAACCUUGAUGUAUGCUUCGUUGGUGUAGCUGCGAAACGGUUUUAUCGUGGAUGCUGGAGGGCAGUUUCCUGCAACCAGGAUUUCUUCACAGAGAGAUUAGAUGUGCCUGAGAUGACCUUCAGAUGUUGCAGUGAAGAUAAGUGUAACAAAAUUAUCGAGGAUGACAGUGGCACAGCUGCCUUGUCAGGCAUGACAGUGCUGCUGGUGGCCCCAUUUCUGGCAGCAGUCUGGUACCUUUGCUCCUAAAGAAGGAUUUGCUGAAGUUCUACUCUUGUUUUCCCAUUUCCUUGCUGCUGUUCUCCCAAGCUUUUAUUGUUUUCCAACUGAAACCUGUUGGGUAAGAAUAAAAUAAACUUGAACACCAUG